AUGCGUUUUCUCUCUCUCGCUAUAUUGCUGGCCUCGAACUGGCUGGCUAAUGCAGUAGUCCUUCCUUCUACAGUCGAGAGAUCAGUCAACAGUCUUGAGACUCGUGAUGAUCCUACGGGCUAUCGUUCAGUGGCAUAUUUCGUAAACUGGGCCAUCUACGGCCGCAACUUCCAACCUCAGAACCUCACCGCGGACCAAUACACGCACAUUCUCUAUGCGUUUGCCAACGUCCACGCGGACACCGGCGAAGUCUACCUUUCAGACACCUAUGCAGACAUCGAGAAGCACUACCCGACUGACUCCUGGAACGACAAUGGUACCAACGUCUACGGCUGCGUUAAGCAGUUCUACUUGAUUAAGCAGAAGAACCGCAAGCUAAAGACCCUCCUUUCCAUUGGCGGAUGGACUUAUUCGGAGAAUUUUGGCGCCUGGACCAGUACGGAUUCUGGACGUUCGGAAUUUGCUUCUUCAGCCGUGCAGUUGUUGCAGGAUCUGGGAUUUGAUGGUCUGGACAUUGAUUGGGAGUAUCCUGCCAAUUCGUCACAGGCAAGUGAUAUGGUAGAGCUGUUGAAGACAGUCAGAUCGGCUUUGGACGACUAUGCCGAUAAGAACACUCCAGGACAGCACUAUUACCUUACUGUCGCCUCCCCAGCUGGCCCGUCAAAUUACGAAGUCCUAGAUAUGGCCGGCAUGGAUCAAUACCUGGACUUCUGGAAUUUGAUGGCGUAUGAUUACGCCGGAAGCUGGGACACUAUUUCCGGACAUAACGCGAAUUUGUACAACUCGACAUCCGAUCCGGCUAGCACGCCCUUCAACACGGAUCAAGCCAUUUCCUAUUACACUUCCCAUGGAGUUGCAGCUAACAAGAUCGUCAUGGGUAUGCCCCUCUACGGACGAUCGUUUACCAACACCGACGGACCCGGAACCAACUUCAGCGGCGUCGGCAGUGGUAGCUGGGAAGAUGGUGUCUGGGAUUACAAGGCCCUUCCGCAGAGCGGUGCGCAGGUGUACACUCUCGACCAGCCGGUGGCAUCGUACAGUUACGACUCAUCCCAGCGAAUCAUGAUCAGCUACGACACGCCGGAUAUUGCAAGUACUAAGGCAGCAUAUAUCAAAUCCAAGGGCCUUGGAGGUGGUAUGUGGUGGGAGAGUAGUAGCGAUAAGACAGGCGAUGAGAGUUUGGUCGCAACUGUGGUCAACGCCUUUGGCGGUAUCAGCGCUCUCGACCAGACCGAAAAUGAACUCAGCUACCCAGCUUCCGAGUACGAUAACUUGCGGAACGGCAUGCCGUCGUCAUAG